CCUGUGCGGGCCGCGGCGCGGGGCCGACUGGGCUGCGGGGAUGCGGGGCACCAGCUGCGUGGGCGGUGGUGGCGAAAGCCCGGGUGGCGCUGGGCUGAGUGAGGGCCCGCGGGGACGCUGGCUGCGUCUGGCCCCGGUUUGCGCCUACUUUCUCUGCGUCUCGCUGGCCGCCGUCCUGCUAGCCGUGUACUACGGUCUCAUCUGGGUGCCCACGCGGUCCCCCGCGGCGCCCGCCGGCCCACAGCCCAGCGUGCCGUCCCCUCCGUGUGCCAACCGCCCGGGCGCGCCGCCUGUCCCUGCGCCCGCCGCUGCCUCCGUCUCCUGCCUCCUGGGAGUCCCCGGCGGCCCGCGACCCCAACUCCAGCUGCAGCUGAGCCGCCGCCGCCGCCGCUACAGCAACCCUGGCCGCCGCCCGAGCCGCCAGACACCCGGAGAGACGCCGGAGGCCGCGGAGGGGCGAGGACCCGGGUAACCAUCCCUUCCACCCCAACCAGGAUCGCCAGUCCUCGAGAGCUCUGUGCUCCAUACCGCGGAUGCGCCGGGGAUCCUUCCUAAUGACAUCGCCCAGCGUCUCCGGAGUCGUCAUCCUGAGGAAUGGGGACCCAGGGGGUGCCGGCUCGGGGCCUUGCUUCUUGCAGCUCCUCUGUGGUCAGGCUGGAUCCUCCACCAUCAGGAAGACCCCAUCCUGACCUUUGUCACCUGCCCCUCCCACUGUGGGAUGCUGAGCACAGAACCCACAGCCCAUCUGCCUCCUCACCUCCCUGAAUCCGUGUCCAUCUGCAAUAAACCACAGUCCCGGCUGCCUCGUGCUGUGUC